CUGCAAGGCCGGCCAUCACAAUAAGCUGCAUCGGAGCGUCGACAACACAAGAAAGCUAGGCCGUCCGCCCUGUUAGUCUCACAUUGUCGGUUGAUCAGUGUCAGUUAAUCGAUCUGCCGCGGAUCAAUCAAAUCAUGAGCCAAAACGACAAUGAAGAUAGAAUCAGCGCGCUCCCUGACGACAUCCUUCUCCAGAUCCUCGAACGCCUCGAGAUGCGCAUUGCGAUUCAGACCGGCGUGCUCUCCACACGAUGGAGACACCUCCCUCACCGGCUCUCUCGUCUGGCCAUGGGCAUAGCCGACGUGCGUGGCGCCAGCCGCGUCACGUUGGGUCAGAUAAUGGAGGCAUACACGGAAGCGACGAGGAGAUUGCUGUCGACGUGCGAAGAAUGCGGCAGCCGUGCCAUCAAGAGCCUGAGCCUCACCUUCUACCUCACAAAAACUUUCCUGUGCUCCAUUGGUCAAGCUGUGGAGGAUGUCGUGCAGAACGGCGACACUGAAUGCCUCGAGUUUGUUAUAUUCCCGCAUCUUGCGAGACCAAGUGAUGCCUGGUUAGUCUCGUUUGGUCAGCGGUUCAUGUCCUUCUUCCAUGCUUGCCCUGUCGCCUUCCGAUGGCUCACGAGACUGAGUCUGCAGAACCUUGCGUUUGGGGACUCAGAUGUCCCCAAUCUCCUCAGUGCUUGCGAUAAGCUUCAGUUCCUUCACUUGAGAUGCUGCAAAGUGGGCCGGGAAUCUGUUCUUAAGAUAGAUGCCCCGGGCUCGGAGCUCCAGACACUUGAAUUUGUUUACUUCGAAUGCGUAAGGAUCGAGCUAGCGUGUGUUCCUAAGCUGAGGCAAGUGCUCUGUGAAACUUGGUCCAGUGAAACCACUCCUCUGUGUUGUGGCUUCGUCCCCCAACUUCAGGAAGUGAGCCUCGUCUCUGCCGCCCUCUCUAGGCAGAAACCAUUCGCAUUGAGCAAUUGUUUAUCUACUACAGGAAGUUUGUCAACUCUGUGUCUGGACUUUUGCUGUCAAAUGAUUUGGAUUCAACCGGAAGUUCCUAAUGUGCUCACCCCUAUGUUCAGCAACCUUAGAGACGUUUAUAUUCACAAUGUCUUUGUCGAGUGUUACUUGAAUUGGACUCUCUUUAUCCUUCAAGCUGCACCUUUGCUGAAAAACUUCUAUUUAUCUCGGCACUCAUGUCCACCCAAUAAGUCUGAGGACAUCGCCAAGAAGGCCAACUUACUGUGGGAGACACCCAAUUUCAAGCACUUGAACUUGAAGCUCUUGUUCAUGAAAGGUUUUUCGGAGGAAGAUGAAGUCAUGAACUACAUAAGGCUUGUCAUGGAACGAUGUGUGGCCUUGAAGAGGAUCGAAUUACGUGAUAAAGACCCAUGCAAGGAGUGCAAAGACAUAAACCCCGAGUCUUUAGGGUUUCCCCUGGAUGAAUCUAGCAUGCUUCGGGUAAAAGAGCAACUCACAUAUGGAUUCUCCUCAUAUGCUGAGAUAAUAAUCAGAUGACGGAGAUAGUCUAGAAAUAAGCCAGAGCUAAUAAUUGUUUGAUGGAUACAUUGAAAGAAUAAUAAUCUCAUGAUAGGACUGCUCACAAGUCGUCUGCUGCUGGACAGGAGAGAUGUGUUCAAAGGCUUGCUGUUGUGCAUUAGGCCCAACCGCUGGGCACGUGAAUUGUUACUAUUUUGUAAUAGCGGAGAAAUUGUGAUGUAAUCACUCCGUUGGAGAUGCACCAGAAAUUGUAAUCUUAGUUAUUCCAUUGGAGAUGCACCA